AUGAGUAAACAUCAACGUCGAAAAGGAAAUGCUCAGGCAGCAAGCAGUGCUCAUGCUGCAGAGUUACUGACAAGUUCCGGACAUACGCUACAAAUUGUAACAUUUGGUGACUGUGAACCGUUUACAUCAACUUCACUGGAAAAUCGCGACGCAGAUGAAGACCUCUUUGAUGCUGAAAUCCAAAUCGCUUUAAGAAAAACUACAAAAAGAGAUUCACAGACUCGUGAAAAGGGAUUGAAAGAAUUGAGACGAUUGAUUGAUGAAGUGACAUUCGACGAUAUCCGAAAAAGUUUUAAACAUUUUGUUACCUUAUUUCCCAGGCUAGCUCUUGAUACGACGGCAACAGUAAGAUCUAAUGUGGUUCAUGUCUUAGGACAGUAUAUCAAAAAGCUACGAAAAAACUGUGAACAAUAUCUAAAAAAGGUUUUACCUUAUGUGAUAUUAAUGAUGCACGAUAGUUAUUCGCAAGUGAUCAACGAAUCAAAAAACAUGCUAGUUGAUUGUUUCCCGAAUGGCAAAUAUGAUAUUAUCAUAGAAAUGUUCAAGGAACAAGUGUGUGGAAUAGCCCUUAAAUUUAUUAGUGGCAAACAUCCGCUAUUGAUUAGAUUUGAAGGAGAAGAGAUUGAAGAAGAGCGCUUCGUGAGGCUUGCUUCACAAAGCUUGCAGUACCUUCAUUGGGUUUGUGCGCAGACUCUUAGCGAGGAACAGCGUAAUCGAAUAUUUGAAUUUCUCAGUAGUCCAGCACACAAACGACUAGUAUCAUCGUCUGCUCAGGUUGUUAGUGCCACAAUGAUCUUAGCAAAUCGCGUAAGAACACUGCCUAAUGGAUGGGAGGCAAUAUUAAGAAGUGCAAUACCGAAUGCGGCAUUAAGCCAUCUGGACAAUACUGAUAGGAGUGUUGGUCGCGCAUCUGCUGUUCUUAUUAUUGAAAUGACCAAAGCUAACUUGCUCUUUCGUGUAUUUGAUAUUGACAACGUAGUGGUGCGUCGUGUCUUAUCACUGAUAAGCCGGAAGAAAAACUUCUGGAACCACAUCUCAACUAUGUUUGUACCUGUAAUAAAAGCCGUGCUUGAGAAGAAGACGGUGGCGGAAGGUCGAGAGCUGCUGGAGAGAAUACUGAAUGCUUUUUUCGACGGGAUGCCUUGGAAUCUUUCGUUUCCGAGUGUUGCUUGGGUAAAUACUUUUGCAGAAUUCACGGAAUUCGGCAUUUGGUGGGUCAUAAAUCGGUGUGAGAAUGAUUUGGAUGAUGUUAUGGAUGAAUUUAUUGAAAAGAUAUGGAUUGCGACGAAAUACACUCCGAAGUGGAAUGACAAAUCAUUAGUCAAGAAAAUGGCUCAUUUGCCAGAACGUAUUUUCAGUAAAUGGUUCCAAAAUUCGCAAACUGCAUAUCGACUACGUUGCGAGAUUCAGAAGCGUCUUUUGGAUGAGCUUCCAUCUACAGAACCAAUAAUCGAAGAGAUAUUUUGUGACAAAGUGGAGCCAGUUUGGUCAAAUUUCAUAGCGGAGUUACUUGAACAUACGCAUGCUAGCCAGAAAUUGGUUUAUAAUGUAAUGGAAAAAUGUAAUGAUGACAUACUUAAACAUAUCAGUUCUCGAGUUGACCUCUGCCAAGCCAUUUCGAACAAAAUUGACUGGAACGAUGUUGAAGAUACUGCACUGCUCAUGUUAAUGUUACUAAUGAAAUUCGCCGCAAAAUUUGAUAAGCAGAUCACCGAAUUUUAUAAGGUUAAUGACGAACUAACAUCCAUGCGAUUUUUGAUUGCUUUUGCGUUAUUGGAUAAGGAAAGGUGUUCCGCAGCACACUUUAUCGAUAAUGAUCUCUUGCUUAUAAGAGCUAUGCGGUUUUGUGUCCACCAAGCAGAUUUAAAAUGUUGGGACAUUCUUAUGGAUAUAGCUGCUUCAUUUCCGUAUUUUGAAACUGCUUUGCAGCAAGUUUUGGAAGAGAAUCGUUACCAGAUAGACCAACAGCUACUUACAGCAGUGUUAAAUAAGCGAGGACGAGAGAUUUCUGAACAUUUGCGGAGUAAACUCGUUGAUCUUAUUGUUGGACAAUUUUUCGAUACCGAAGAACCAUCUUCAGAGGUUAUAAACGAAACAGUUAAAAUGAUGGUUUCAUCCAGUGUAGAUAUGAAAUCAGUAGCGCAAACUAUCACUAACAAAAUAAAAUCAACCAGUCUGCUUCAGUUUGACUGCUCUGGUAUUGAAAUUGCGACGGCAAUUGCUACUUCAUUGCCAUCAUCAUCUGCCACUUAUUUUAUAAUUAACUCUACCGACUUAGCUAAUAAGUUAUCUGUUCUUGAUAGAAAGUAUGCCUUAGAAAUAAUGGACGCGCAGGAGUGUCUUGCUUUGCCAAUGGUUAAAUCACUGUUCAGUGGAAAUGUGGACAAUAAUUCCACAUUGUUACCUCAUCUCAGUUAUGCUGUAUUUAUAAUAAGCUAUCUCGACAUAGCACUUGAGAAACAUGUCGACUACUGUAUGGCAAGCUUCGUUUAUGCUGUUGCUAUAUCAUCAUUAGCAUCCAUAAAUACAAUUUGCAGCGAGUGCCUCAUUGAUAUAAGGACAAGCUUAAAUAAUUUGAUCAACAAGUUGAUUUUGGCAAAUGAACAGCUUAUGGAAGGCAUUCUUUCUGAAUGUAUCUCACUGAUUGCUAAUGGGAAUGAAUCAUUAUGCUUGUUCCUCACAUUGCGUUUUAUAGCAAAUAACUUAUGCGCGGAAAAGGUUGAGGCGUUGUUCAGAGCUUCUGUAAAGAAGUUGAAUCCCUCUGGGAUCGCAUUUUGUUUCAGAACUCUUUACUUGCAAGAUGUAGAAGAAGUGUGUGACGAUUAUUAUGAUCCUCCUGUUGCUAUGAAAUAUUGGACAGAUCGUUUUGAAAUGACAUCAUCUUUGAAAGAUUUAGUUAAUCCACUACAACUAUUUACUCAAUUCAUGGUAGAGGGACGCUCCACGCUUGAGGAAUAUAUAUUCACUUAUAGUUGCGAGAUGGAGGAAGAUGAAGAGCGGAAUAUAUUUAACUGUGCCCUUCUUCGUUUCCUAACUAAUUGUUGUUUAUAUCUACGACAAAUGGAUAACAGUAUGCGGGAUUUCUUAUGCUGUGCACUAAUUACAUCACUUGAAAGUGCUAAUACAUUUUGUGAACAGAGUAAAUCACGAUCGUAUUUGUUGUUCGUCAGCAUGUCUGUGAGAUUAUUCAAUAAAUGCGCUUAUAUGAUUGAUAGCACUAAAGACGAUAUCGAGCUAGCACCUUUCAGACAGGAUUGGUCAGACUUCUUCUAUCCUACCGCGCAAAAUAUAUUGCUCACGUGGUUCUUGGGGCUGACUUCGGAUAAGGAAAAUUCUUAUUCGAUAACCGUUCAGAAUGCUCUUUGCCUAUCAAUAAAUUACAUAACCGAAGAAUUUAUUCAAACUGCCUCAUUAUCACCGGUUUUUGAUGUCGAAUUGGACCUUCUCAAGUAA